UGAAAAGUGAAAGAAAGGCAUAUGGCGUUCGUUUCUAUUUUUGCUAAUUCAAAGAGGUUUAUGUGCGUUGUAAUUGAAUUUUGAGAAUAAACCAUACACACAAGUUAGUGUAAUAUACAAGCAUUUUUCAUUGAAUUUAUUAUCGCGAAAUUGACUUGUUUGUGUCCGUAUGUUGAGUUUUUGUUGACGAAAUAACAAACUGUGAUAUUAAUAUUAGUUGUAUAUUAUAUAGGUUUUUCUUUAUACGAUUUCGAGUUUUGAUUAUUUAUUAUACAACUUAGAUUAGGUGUACAGCUGACUUUGUAUUAAAAGUGUAACCAAAGAAGAAAAUUGUGCUAUGUCUAUGUCACAGGCGUCAGAAACAGAGAAAAUGCAGAUGAAGAUUUUGAGUGACAAGCAGUCUAAAAAUGGCAAGUUAUUUUUUAACAUUUCCUUAAAGUUAUACGAUACAACAGAACUUUAUUCUAAUCUUGAAGUGUAUCAAAAAGUUCUUUUUAAAUUUAUUAUAUAUGUACCUUUUCAUUGUCACAUAAUGUCUACCUUAUCCAUUUUUUUUUCAAUUCAUUUGUCAUCAUCUUUAAUCAGCACCUUUAGAUUUAUAUAUGUAAAAUAAAAUAAGCAAUUGUUAGCAAUAAAAAAUACAACACUUCAUAGAUAAGGUAAGGCUGAAUACACUUUUUUUGUUUUUUUUUUAUUAAUGCAAAAAUAAUAUUUUUAUUUGAAUAAAUGGUGUUUUAAUAUUAAACAAUCUAAAAAUAUAUGCCAAUAUUAUACAUGCAACAAAUAGACAUUAAUAGUAUACAUUUAUUUGGUUAAAUCACUACACAUACACUUCACUGGACUUUAUGGUUACCAUAAAAACAUUGGCUUGUCUAGAGUAUUAUAAAGUAUCAUAAAUUUAAAAGAUCAAAAUAAACAAAACCAUAGCAGAUACUCCAAAAAAAUCUGUGGAUUAUUGAAGGGUACAAUUGGUUUUUCACAUUUUUAUUUUCUAUUUAACAAUAUUCUCUUGUGUCUUGACAUUAAUUUACUAUAUAAAACUGCAAUUAUUGCAAAUAUUUCUAUUGAAUUACUGUCUGAUAACACAGUGAAGUUUUUUCAAGCAAUUACUAAAUUGGAACUUCUGCAACCAUGAUGAUAUUAAUGCCGAGAAACUCUGUUUAUUGUUAUCACUAAACCAACACUCAUUAUGGCACUGUCUAGCUGUGUUUUGAUAACCAAGUUAUUGUCUUCAGAAAUUGGAGCUAAGGUAAAUUUUACCUGUGGUAGCAUUAAACAGUGACUUGAAUUGUUUUCUAAUUUAAAGCAUCAAAAUAAAAUAAACCACAGCAGAUAUUUCAAAAAACAGUGUAUUAUUCAAGGGUUAAUUGUUUUUCCUCAUUUAUAUUUUCCAUUUACCAAUGUUCUCCAGUCUCUUGAUACUAAUUUAAUAUAUGUAACAAAAUGAAUAACAUACUGUUUACUGCUAUCACUACAAUAACAUUCACAAUUACACUGUCUUAUUUUCUCUAUGUUAAAGAUUACCACACUUUGAGACCAAUUCUUUUGUCUAUUUUGUUUCAAAUGGAAUUCACUCAUCAAUUCACAAAGCUGUUGAUACUACUCGAGAUUGUUCCAGAUUUUCAUAGGAAGGAUAGCUUUCAUUAAAAUGAAAAUUCUACGCCACUAUCUAAUUUGAAAAAUUAUGGGGCUGGCUGUAAAGCAAAUAAAAUAAUAAAUUAGAGAAAUAUUGUUUCAAGAAUGCACACCAUCUUAUAUUAAACAAGAAUUGGUAAACAAAUGUUUUUUUAAGUUUGAAAAUUAUACAGACAUGAAGCAGAAAAGUAAUUAAACAUGUCAUUUCAUUUAAUCUAGUAUGUGUGUGUCAGAAAGUCAUUAUUGUUAUUAAUUAUGACAACUAUAUGUUGUUGAUUUUCCUUAACUAAUUUGAUUACUUAUCAUUUUCUCGAGUUUCACUUCACCAAAGUAAUAGUAUCAAUUGUCUGCUUUUUAGAGAGUAUUUUUUAUCAUUUCACACAUUUUUGAAUUCUUAAAGUCUAUAUAUCUACCAAUUGGGUAAGAAGAAUAUUAAUAAAAGAAAUAGCUGAUUUAUUUAAUAAUAGUUUUUCAAAUCCCAAACCUUUUUGAAAAAUGCAAUUUGCAUAAUUGGAAAUCACUUUAAAGGAAAAUAUUGCAUUAAAAUUGGCGGGCAAAAGACCAAUGCUAAUAAUGACAAUCGUUUGAUGUUUUGCUAAUUGUGAAGGAAAAUUCAAAGGCAUCAAUUUACCAAACUAGAAUGUGCACCAUUCAAAAUAACAUACUUUUCUCCUUGCCAAGUAACAAUAUUCUUGUUAUUUUGUGAAAUCAGAAUGUGGAUAGACAUUUCUGUAAUAUUUUUAAUGAAUCUAUAUUUAUGCUUAAACCUAAUAAAUUUAUUUUAUUUCCAAUGGUAUGUAAACAAAUUUUUUGUUCAACUUGUAAUAUUAUCUUUACUGUAUGCUUGAAAAGAGAGGAAUAUCAUUUUUUAUUUGGAAUACUCAGUCAAUUCACAUGAUUGUUGAAUUUAAGGCAUUAUUAAUUUAAAAUUUAUACUACUCUGACUUUUCUCAUUACUUUUAGUAUAAUACCUGAAAAACGAAUUUGUCGUUCAUGUCAUAUCUGACACACUAUGAUGAUAAAAUGUUUCAGAAAAUAAUCUUCGUUAAAGAAAAUUUUGUUGGUCAAUAGUUUUGUGUUGUAACAAGAAAUAUCCACCAAAGAAGAAUUUGUUCACAUAAGCUUAAAGCACUUUUGUGAUUUUACAAGAAUAAAAGUUCAAUAUGAUAUUGAAUGGUAAUUAAAUGAAUUCCUGAUAAAACAUCACUUCAGGGACUGGAAUUGUUACCAAUACUAAGGAAUUGGCAAUAUAUUUCACAGACAUUGAUAAUUGUGGGAAGAAAUUCAUUUAAAAAAGCUAAUAAUCAACAGUACAUCAAGAGCCUUGGCUGCAUUUAUUCUCAUUUCAAUUGAGAAGAUAUUUAUUAAAAACUUAAUAGGAUAUUGCUAUAUAUUCUGAUUCUGAACCAGAUCUACAGAACUAAAUUAUUAGUAUGUACUAUAGACAACAGACUUGGUGUCUAUUAUGACUGCCAAUAAUGGGAUUUUGUAUUUGUGAGAUACAGUAGGGAUAAGAAUAAAAGGAUAGAUGUGCUGGGGUAUGUUGGUCUGAUUUUGAUGAAGAAUAUGUGGAAAUCAGAUUUGCUUCUCUAAGGAACUCUUUAAUAGAUAAUAAUAUGUCUGAUGUUCUAUGGGAUGAGAUAUUGACUAUACUUAUAGAACCAGUUGUAUUAAUAAUUUUGAAAGGAAAUUUUUCUUAUUUGGAAGGUGAAUUGUUGACUGUUAUUAUUUAAAUAAAAUUUUUGAUUCUUUUCUUUAGAAAAAAAGAAAGUUUUCAUAUACAGAGUUACAAUAAAAUAAUGCACCAAAUUUAUAAAAACCCUCAUAUUGAAAAAAUUCAAAACCACGUCAUGUAAGAAAAAACUAACCUAUGAAAACGAAACUAAAUAAUAUAAAGAAUUAAAAUUUGAAGUUGUCUGGUAAGGAUAUCUGUUUUUAUCAAUUUUUUCAACUUUUCGUUAGUAUCAGUCUCACAAUUAAUGUCAUACCAAGUUUAUAAUUAUGACUCCUUUAACUGAAAGAGGGCUAUACACUUGGAAGUCAUAAAGAAGCACAGUAAGCGGAAUUGUUGCAAAAUUUAAUCAAAUAGGAAGUGUAAAGGGUGCCCCAGCAUCUGAAAGACCAGAAAUAAGCGACAAUGCAAAGAUAUUUUGCUCUUAUUAGUAGACAAUCCUCAUACAACUUCAACAGAAAUUGCCUUAGUACAAAAUGUUAGUCAGUAAAGUUUUUCAAGAAGGAAAAAAUGCACUGGUACAAAGUUCAACUUGAUUAAUAUCUCUCAUGAGAUCCUCCGGACAGACUUUUGGAAUUUUGUAAAAACUUCAUCAAACGUUGUGCUGGAAAUCCAAAUUUUCUUAAUAGUGUAGUAUUUUCAGAUGAGGCAAUGUUUUGUUUUAGUGGUUUACUGUAUCGACACAAUUGUCGCUAAUGGGCUCAGGAAAAUCCCCACUGGAAAAAAUCAGGACUAUGUUAACCGACUAAACAAUUUAGAAUGGAAUGGAUUGAAUUAGACCCAGGGAUUGUAACUAGUUACUUUUUUAAGAAGGUGUCACUUUUUUCAGAAUUUUGUCACUUUUUUUGACUAUUUGAAAUUUAUUUUGAUUUUUUUGUUCAAUUUUAAUUUUCAAUAUUUUCUUUCUUUUAAAUGUUCUUGAUUUUAGGUCUCUUCAGUUUUAAAAUUAGUUUUUUUUUCAAUAAUUUUUGAACGAUUGAUAAAAAAUUGACAUUUUGACUUAACUUUAGUUUUUAUCAUAUGAUAUUGACACUGACAAUUAGUUCUAAUAAGAAAAAUUAAUGUUUCCUUAGUCUAUACUUCUCAAAUAUGUAGCAGCAGUUCUUAAUGAAAUUAAUUGUAGUUUCAUUAGAAUUUACAAAAUUCUCUUUUUCGUGUAUUAGAUUCCGUUCCUAGAAAUUUUUGAAUGUUUAUAAUUAAAUUUAUGUUUUUUACAUAUUUCAUGGUUCGUUAAUGCAGUUUUAUUUUUUCUAUCGUAUUGACGACUUUUUAGUCUAUUUUCUAAAUACUGAGAGGUCUGCCCUAUGUUGACAGCGUCACAAUUGAUGGUUAUGCUAUGGGAGUAUCCAUUUCAAGUGUUGUAGCACAAUUAGAAAUGGAAGAUCUCGAGGACACUGUCCUAAGCAUACUUGAUAUAAAUAUUCCAUUCUUUUUUCGAAAUAUAGAUGAUUGCAUUACUGCCGUACCAAAGCAUCAAAUUGAAAACAUAAAUAAAAAAUUCAAUUCUUAUAAUAAAAAACUUCAGUUCACAAUCAAAAGCGAACAAUAUAAUAAAAUUAAUUUUCUUGAUGUCACAUUAUAUAAAAUUACCAUAAAAUUAACAAUAAAAUUAGAACAGAAUGGUAUAUGAAACCAACUUGGUCUUCAAGAUAUUUGAACUUCAAUUCAUGUUAUCCCAUAUCACAAAAAAGAUUAGUGAUAAUAAGUUUAGCUGAUAGAUCUAUCCAACUAUUAGAUCCUGAAUUUAGAUGCUUCGCUAUUCAAAAAGCAAAAACUGCAUUGAAAAAAAAAUAAUUAUCCGAAAAAAUGAUAAACUACAAAUUCAAGGAAAGUAUAAACAGAUACUACAAUCAAUUAAAAAACAAAACAGAAACGAAACAUCAAAACAUGAAACAUUUUUCCUCACCAUAUGUACAAGGACUUUCCCAACAACUAUCGAAUUAUUUCAAUAAAUAUGUUAUUAGAAGUCAUAAAGGACAUAAUACGUUAUUCAAAUAUUUCAUUAAAUUAAAAUCUAAAACACCAAAAACCAAAAAAAGUGUCUUGUACUAAUUGUGACGCUGUCUACAUAGGGCAAACAUCUCAGUAUUUAGAAAAUAGACUAAAUGGUCAUCCAUACCAUAAAAAAAAAAUAAAACUGCAUUAACGAACUAUGGAAUAUCAAAAAAACAUAAAUUCAAAUAUAAAGACUCAGAAAGUCUUGGAAUCUAAUACACGAAAAAGAGAAUUUUUAGAAAUGGUUCACAUUCAUAAGGACGAAAAAGCUAUAAAUAAUAAAAAAGACAAAUAAUUUAAUUAAUUACCGCCACAUAUUUGUUAUGUAAAUAAAUUUCUAUUUUGAUUUUAUUUUAAUUUUGAUGUUCAUGAUGUAUGGGAUCUAUUGAUUAAUAUAAAUAUGCAAUUGUCAGUGUCAAUAUCAUAUUUUGACAAAGACUGAAGUUAAGUCGAAACGUCAAUUUUUUAUCAAUGUUUCAAAAAUUAUAAAAAAAAACUAUUUUUAAAUCAGAAGACACCUAAAAUCAAGAACAUUCAGAAGGAAUAAUAAAUGAGAUUUAACACAAACGUCAACAUGGAUAAACUUUUUUUUCGGUAUACUGCAGUAAUUACUAGAAUUUUAAUAGGAGUACUUGAAUAUUUGAAUUUGAUGUUAAAAUUUAAUCCGUAAGUCAGAAUCACUAAACCUGCUAUCAGUAAUUAAUAUCUACUCAAAAAAAUCUUAAAUACAGGGAGAUGCAUUUAAAAUAUUGCCAAUAUCUCAAAAAAUAUGUUAUAUACACAAAAUCUGCGAAUUCUUUAAAUAGUAGCCGUUACGUAGUUUAGGGACAUCCUGUAUUGCUGGAAAUAAUUUCAGAUGCUACUUCGUUCAUUAUUUCCACUUUUUUUAAAAAAUAUAAAUAAAUUUGUAACACCAUUUUUUUUUGAAGAAAUAAUUAAUUUUCCUUUCUUCUCGUGUCCCCAUCUAUUAAUGACACUUUUUACUUGAAUCAUGUAUAGCGAGAAAGUAUAGGAACUAACAAAGUCAAUCAAAUGUCUUAAAUUUUCUAUUAGAAUUGUGUUUGUCUUUACAAAAUAAUUCGAUUCUAUUUUGUUCAAAAUGUGUGAUUUUUAUUUACGAGUCCCUGUAUAAUUUCCAAUAGAUUUUUGUAGUUGGUUUAACAGUGAUUGUAAUAUCGAUAUCUGCUAAAAACCCAUCCGGAAUUUGUUUUUUUUUCUGAAAUGUUUGUUAAAUGCAACUUUUUGUCGAUUUAGAUUAUUUCUGCUUUUACCAGCGAAGGUUGAACACAUACUAUUAUAGAAAAAUUUUAUCGUCCCAGUUCUGCGAAUUGUAUAAUAUUUUAACUUAUUUUAAUUCUUUUUUUAAAUUCGUCAUUUGGCUUUGUGGUGUUAAAAUUUUGUUAUUGAUUCGUGUGUAAAUUGUAUAUUUUCUUGUUGACAUGGCGAAAACUAAGAAAAUUCCUAAAGAACGUUCUGGUAUUAUGCACAAUUCCGUCAAUGCCAGUUUGGCCGGAAGAGCCAAAAGAAGGUUACAAAAACCGAGAGUUAAGAGAGUUUCUUGGAGAGAUGAACAAGUCGAAGGAAUGAGUGUAUCUGACGUACCGACUGAAGAUUUUGCCGACCCUGCCAUUUUGGUUAUACGAGAAAACGUCAAAAUUAGCUAUUCAAAGGAUGAGCUGUUGAAACUACGCGAAGCUCCGCUUUCUAAAAAGAAACCAGAUUUCAUUGACCCUUCAGAAGUUUGCCCAUCCAUCUGGGAUACCGAAAAAUGGGGAAUUGAACGAAAGAAAUCAGAUACUCCCAUUGAGAACGGUCCUCGAUCUAGUGGCGACGGCCCUUCGGAGCAUAGGCGACGACCCGGAGAUCCUAGGGAACGAAUUCGCAAAGAAAACGAUGGAAUUGUUUUGUCACCUCAACGACGCAGUUUCAAUUCCGGCUGUUUUGUACCAGUUAGAGGCGAUGCUACACGGAAUAAUCGAUCUCAUAGUCCAUUAGGAUCCAAAAAUGAACCCUCUCAUAUGGGUAUGAGGGAAAUACAGUCAAAUACUAGACGAAUUGGAAGUGGUAGAAUUCUUCGUGAUCCAUGGGACUUCAAUGAUAAACUUGAUUCAGGAGACAACGAGUACAGUUACAGAAGUCAACAACGUAACAAUAACAACGAUCGCGAUGACAAGUUCGGUGACAAAUAUGAAAGGAGAAGUUUUGGCAGAGAUUUUGAUAUAACAAGAGACAGAGAAAACAAUAAUAAAGAUGCCAGAAGAAUUAGUAAAGGCUUCGAAAGAAGGAGGAUAUCAGACAGAGAACAGGAAGAACCAGAAUGGUUUUCCGGUGGUCCAUUAUCUCAAAAUGAUACGAUCGAAUUGCGAGGUUUCGAUGAUGAGAAACCCACUAGAAAGAAACUCAGCCCACCAAAUUUGAAGCGCGCAAAGGAGGUUAAGAAAAAAAGUGAACCAGUACCGGUAACCAGUAACGGAGAAGAAAAAAAAGAGCAAGACACUCGUACGAUAUCUGAACAAAAUGUUACAUCCGCCCCGCCGGUCGGGGGUCAAAAUGAUAAGAAAGAAAAGCCCGACAAGCCUGCAAAAGACGAGCUAAAGGACAAUAAAGUUGACACUGAAAAGACUGAAACAGAAGGCGUAGUCAACGCAUUAGCCGAUGAACAUUCGUUUAAUUUUGACGAAAUCUUGAAAUGUGAGACUAUUCCUGGAUUAUUGACGAAUGGUAUUGGAACCGAUGGAGACAAUACAAAAUCUCGCUUUAGUCGUUGGUUUAAGCAAGAAAGUCCAGAGAAACUAGAAAGUCGUCGUUCAUCCUUACACGAAGAUCAUCAUAUCAUCAAGCAUUUGUUGAAAGACAUAGGAGAAACAAGUGUAACCAUUCCUGGCGAUUCUGAUGCGUAUUUUGCACCUAUCUCUCCCGCUGGUAACACUGGAGUAAAGAAAGAAAUUCAACCACAAUCUCAACCGAUCAAUAUCAUGGAAAUAUUGCAGAGGGGUAAGCAGCAAGCUGAACCGACUAAGCAAUCAAUUACAGGGAAGAUACUCAGCCUAGAUGAAUUGGAAGCGAAGAUAAGGCAAAAUGUUGAAGCAAGUACUGGUAUAUCUACGAAACAUCAUCAAAAACCUGAUGAAGAUAUGGCAGCAGCUUUCAAAAAAUUAUUAGAACAAGCACAAUCUGGAGGCCAUCCUGCAUCUAACAGCGCAUCAAUGAACAAGACCCAACCCAUGAGUUUACUAGAGAUGUUGAAUCAUUCCCAACAACAAGACGAAGCAGCUAGAUUGUCCGCUACAACUCCGCAUCUUCUUGGCGCAUCCAACAUAAAUAUGGGAAACAUUCAACAUCACGUUUCUAAUGAUCUCACAAUGAAAUUGCAACAAGCACAAUUUCAACAGCAACAACAACAGAAGCAACAAAUGGAUAUGCUCAAUAAGUUGAUCAACGCAACAACGUCUGUCCAUCCUCAACAAUUGCGGGCGUCUCCAUUGCAUGAUUUAGUUAUGCAACAAAGCAGAGAUUUACUGAAUCGACCUGAGGCACAGGCCAUACUUCAAGGUCUGAAACGUGGUGAAAUCACCACUCAACAUCUUUACCAACAGUUGGCUAAUCCAGCUUUACAGCCGAGACAUAGGGAAAUGUUAAUGACUAUCUUGAAAAUACAUGGAAACGGCGGUUUUGGUCCUAGCCCGAGAGUGCUUAGUCCGGUACCGCCACCACAUCACAUGUUUCAACAACAACAGCAACAACAAUUAAGGGUAUCGCCUCUACCACCGAAUGCUAUGCAUCAAAGAAUUCCAUCACCAAGAGAAUUACAAGUCCAUACUCAAAACAUUCUGCAACGAGCAUUGAUCAAGAAAAAACUUGAAGAACAACAAGAAAAUUAUCGUAAAAAGCAAGAGAUGCAAAGAGGACAAAGUCCAAGUAAUAACGCUAGUCAAACUCCCUCUAAGAACGUUCCUUCUCCUACUCCAUUGGCAUUCACACCAACAUCAGUACUAAGAAAAAUGACCGCAGAAAAAGAAGAAGGUAAAGAAACUAAGGCGAACACUGAAUCUAAAGUACCUCCUGGAAGACCAUUGACAGGAAUGAGAACACAACCUCCACAGCAACAAUGGAAUCCCAGUGCCCAGUUUAUGUCUGUAAAACAUCCAGGUAUCGACAGCCGUCCAAUUGUCAAGGCAAACAAUAAUUUUCAAUCCCCCAUGACCGAUCAAUUCUUUGGACAACAAGCUCCGCCACCUCAACAGCAACAAGUUAUGCAACAACAGAGAGCUCAACAACAACAAUUAGCUUAUCAACAACAGCAACAAAGAAAAGUAUUAAAUCCUCAGGUUUUGGGCUCACAAUAUCCGACUAACCAAGGUGUUCCCCAGUCUCAAUAUAAUCCUCAACAAUACUCUUCUAAUCAACAGUUUACUCAACAGCAACUUCGAGCGCAGCAUCAGCACAGACCAGCUAAUCAACAGCAAUCUGUACAACAGCAGCAACAUCAACAAAUGAAUUUCCAACAACAAAACAGUCAACAACAGAAUAUGAGUGGGGGAAAUUGGCAGCAGUUUUUCAAUAGUUCACAUCCAGCGAAUAGAAACUCCAAGGCAAGCACAGAAAAUGACGGAAUCCGAGCUACGUCCACAUCUUCCUCUACUGCGACAGUAAAUCAGUUGGCACGUUGGUUUUCUCCUGAUCUACUGGAACGUGCCAGAGUGGGUGAGUUGCCUAGUACCGCUGGUCUUUCACAACAUGUUCUUAGCCUUGAAGAAAUUGAACGGCAAACGGCACCCCCCGUCCAUAAUUAAAAUGUCAAGAAUUGUUACUCUUUAUUUGAAAGAUGUUGAAGUGGGGCGUCGGGAAGGGAUAUGAACGGUUAAAUAUCAGUCAACGACUUGUUAAUUUUAGUUAAAGAAAUAUUGAAUGUAUCAAAUGUAUUUAAUCCCUAUUAGGAACUUGUCAAUUUGUCUUAAGGGAAAAAAGUCGUUAUAAAAUCCUCACCCCUAAGAUUAAUAUAUAAACUGUAACAUUUUGUAAAUAAAACAAAAAAAAAGUUACAUAUACAUUGUGAUAGAAUUAUGAAGUUAUUAUGAGUUUAUUGUGUAAUUUCUCUUAAUACAUUUAUUUCAGAUAUAAUUGACUAUACAAGAUAAGCCAAGAAUUGUUGGUAUUUUGAGUACAAAUAGAAAACUUUCCAAUUAACUUUCACAGUAUUUUUAUUUACACAAAAAUGUGUUCAGAAAAAGAUGGUUUAAAAUUCAGAAGGGGAGAUAUUAUUUCAAACAAUAAAUUUUAAUGUGUUUAGUAUUUUCCAGAUUUAAAAAGAAAUAUAUGUUUGCAAUCUUGAAAAACAAUUGAAAAUUAUAAAGUGGAAAAAAUGCCAAUCCUUUUACACUCUUAAUUACUCGAAUUGUUGAGUUUAAAUGUCUCACUAUGUAGCUUAGUAUUAAUGUAUUACUAAAAUACAGAGCAGUUACACUAUAAACGGUUGUUUAAUCAUGGAAACUCGUUACUAUAUUCAGUUUGUAUGUAUUUCGAAAAAUAAAAAAGAUUGAAUAUAAUUUGAUCAGUAUAGUAACAAUUUAUUACCCUAUUGUACAGCCAUUGUUUUUGUCGCCAAUAAAAAAAUAUGAAACCGCAAAAAUAACUACCAAAGGCAACAAAACACGAUAAAUAAAAUUUUCAACUAUUCUAAGAUAGAGUUACCUAAAUAAUUUUCUUUCACAUUCCAAACUGCUAUUACUACAUUGCGCUUCAUCUUUUCGCUUUUCUUCAUAAUUAGAGGUGACACAAAAACAAAAAUUCUUUCUGUCUUGUAUCUAUCUAGUACUCACGGACUGUUAGUUCAUUUUAGGUUUGUUGAUGAUUCAGGUUUUCAUUAGGGGAGAGUUAUAUAAUACCGCGCCCGUUAGAGCAUAUGGAUAUAAUUUUCGACUAGUGCAUAUCAGAUCAACUCAAGCUAAAAUUUUAUUUUAAGAGGUUACCUAGCAAUCAAUUUUAAAUACAAUAUUUAUUUUGUACAACACCUAUAUAAAAAUAUUGGUUUGAGAAUAGCGUGCCCCGGUUUGAUAAUACCGUACAUUCAAAAUAAUAGGCGAUACAUAGGUUAAUCAACAUUUAUUUAGGCAUAAUUCACAGCCAUAGGUACAUAACUAGGUAUAGUGCUUAUCUUAACAGAAUCUAACAUUAAUCUUAACAGAAGUCGCAAAUAUAAUUUUCUUUUCCACUGCAUUCUUUGUGUAUCCAGGUUGAACAAGAACAGCAACGAAACCAAACUUUAUUAUUACGUCCGAAAUCACCACACAAUUUACAUAUGUCAUUAGUUUUCUCAUUUUCUUUGUCUGAGCUUAUCUCAUCUUCAUCGUCGUCAUUACAUAAUUGUGCAAGGGGAAUAUCCUCGCUGCUUUCUUCACAGCUAGAAAUUAACACUCUUCACAGAUUUUCCUUUUGCCAAAGCUUUUCCUUUAUAUUUUUUUUCUUCUUCCAAUUUUCUCUUUUUCUCCUUAUCUUCUAGCUGUCCUUUUAGUGGCGUGGUGGUUAAAAUUUGAGUGUUGUUUUUUUGAACGUCAUUUAAUUUUCUGAAUUUUUCGAGGCACUGGGCUCGAUAUCUCUAAAGUGUUACUACGCGAAGUACUGGCAACAGGUUCAGUCUCAUUUGCAACAUGUGUAGAGAGUGCUUCCGCUGCUAUGUCAUUGUUGAAUGAAUUUUUGUUUCGAGUAGUUAAGUCUUCAAUAAUUGGGUCUGAUAUAAAUCAUCAUCAUCAAAUAUGUCUGGGUUUAUGGGAUGAAUGCCAGUCACUUUUACUGCCUUGUCCAUUGAAUCUACUAUCAAAUAAGCUUUAUUAAAUAUUGAAGUCAAAACAUCAUGAGUAAUUUUUUCAUAUGGAUGGUUUUUCAUAUAUAAGUCACACUCUUUAGGAUAAACUGUCUUCAAUGGACCGUAGAAAGUGACCAAAAACAAUGCAAUUUCAGAUUUAUUAAAACCCAACACUCUAUUCAUGCUUGUUGGCUCCGGAAGUCGUAAAGAGAUCUCAGGAUUUCUUUUUAGAAACGCAUACACCCAACACUUAACAGCCAUGCCCUUCUCUGUUGAAAAAAUGUGUCUAAUAUUUAUGCAACCGCGAAUUCAUAAUCCAAUUUGCGUAGUUGUUGCUGUGAGAUUCCAAAAAAAUGUUUUAGCCAACUUAAUAAUAUGGCCAGCUAACUCCUUUUCAUCUUCUUUUCAAAAUGUUGCCUUUCGGCCAAAUCGAGGGUCAUAGUAUUCUCAUAAAUGAUCUUGCUACUUCUUUUAUUUCUCUCCCACUCUUUACAGCUUCUAAAGCAGCUUGCAUUUGAAGUGAAUCCCGUGACUCCUUUUUUCUUUUUGGUGCACUUUCAGCCAUGGUAUAAACAUAGGUACCUAUAAUAUGCAGCCUACGCCAUUUUGUUUUGCCACCACAACAGAAUUUUACAAUUAAAAUUUAGACCACACAAAGAAGUACAUACCUGGAUACGUCAGUCACUGAACAAUUAUAAGAAAUGCGCGCAAAAGUUCUCUACAGACGUACAACUCGUACCACUGACCGUGGGCCACUGCCACGCGGGACGGGGUUACUCGGUCGCAAGGGCGAUCAUGUGAUACAUACACAGUCAUAGCUUUUAUAGAUAGUUAUAAGUUACACUGGGGCGCGGUAUUAUCCACCGCACGGUAUUAUCCAACCCUCCCCUAUAUCAACCAAUAAUGUUAAACAUAUCCUAUAACAUUAUCAGCAGAAUUGACUGCUUAAUUUUAAUAAAAUUAGGAUAAGAAUUACUCAAGAACUCAAAACAUUGAAAUUGCUCUAUUGUCGAUUGCUCUCUGUAAACAGGCUCAACAAAUCUACACAUUUGGUUUAUUUUCCAAUGUUUCGCAUAAUAAAUCACUAACGUUCAAGCAAUUUAUGUUAAAAAAACAAUCGAAUAUGAAAACAAGUGACUUACUUUCAAUGAACACUGAAUGCAUUGAAAAUUAGCAUCAAUUGUUGCUGGUGCUGAUAGUAACACAACUAUAAUCGAUUGAUGCUGGACGCUUUUAAUCCACUUUAUAAUAAUAAUUUGUAUAUGCAGAUAUUUUCUUUAACAGUAUCUAAUCUUCUAUUCAAAUAAAGUUUAAAACUUUAAUUAUCGUAAACUCCCAAGUAUUAUUAGUUAAACUACUUUUUCAACUUGAUGAAUGUGGACGGUUGAGGACAAUUUUUUUUACCAUUUACAAUUUUAUAAAUAGUGUUUUCAUUAUUUUCUUAGGUGUAAUAGAAAAAAUGUAUUAUUGGUAUUUAAAAUUGGAAAGUUGCUUAUUGUUACAUUUAUAAUUAUAUCACUUUUAAAAAGCGGUCAAUCUAAUAUCGGCAUAGUUUGAAAAUUUGACAAUAAACUCGCUAAUUUUUGAGGAACAAAAAAUUGUUUGAUCUGUAUUGAUUUUAGAAGAAUGUUCAGUAAAUACUGGUUAUCAGUAACCAAUUUUUUUGUUAUUGUCUGCAAUUUGAUAAAAAUUAAGUUUUCAUUUAAACAUAUCAAUAUUUUGGUUUUCAUUCAAAUUUUAUAAUUUCUGAGCUGCCUCCAAGCUGCGCUUUUUUGAUAUUAAAGGUAUCUUUUAGUUAAUAUAAUUUUUUACUUUUUGGUAUUAAUUUUUUCUAUACAGAAAUGAAGAAAAAAAUGAAUAAUUCAACAUGUAUUUAAAACUGUUUUUUGUGUAUUCUUAGUAAUCAAAUCAUAAAUCAAAAGAUUACAGUAACUAGAAGAAUAUGUUUUCUAUUUCAAUGUUUAAAAUCUUUAUUUGGAAAAUUAUCAAUAUAAAAUUUGCUACUGUCUUCAAAUUAAUAAAAAUUCAUUUGCCUCUUAUAAAAACCUCUACAUCUUCUUUGUGAAAAACUUCCAGGUAUAUUAUAUAUAAAAUAGAGUAUUUAAUGCCUGAAAGUAACAAAAAGAAACUAGAGGAAGUCCCAAAAAAAAUUUCAUAUAACAAACAAUAUUUUUUAUUACUAUUCGAAGUGGACGUCUAUUUUGUGCUGAAAAUGGCUAAAAUAUUUCUGCAUGUCGAAUUUCAAAAAAAUUGUGCCUACUUAUCCCUCAUAAUACAAUAUAAUUGAAAAGAUAUGACCACUCAAGAUUCAAAUAAAUACAUAUAUUGUAUUUCAAAGUUAAAAUGUUUUAUAAUUUUCAGUAUUUUACUUGCAUUAACUUCUCUAUUAAAAAACGAAUUGAUUUACCGCUUUUUAAAUACAUUCUUGGCUUCAUUAUGAUACUACAUAAUUUUUUCAACAUUAUGAAGAUGGUUGUUACAUUACUUAAUGCGUCCUAACCAUUUAAAUUGUCGACUGAAAAAAAAUAGGGUUAAUUGGGUUAACGAAAAAUUGAUUUUUAUUUUUUAGAAUGGAAUUUUUUUAUUUUAUUUUUGUUUGGUGUGAUAGACAUUUUUUGUUUCGUUUUGGUGUUUCACUAGAGUAAUGGCAACCACAAUAUAGUAAAGGACGAUGUAUUUUUUUCCUUGUGGAAAAUUGCGCUAAGUUGAUUUGCUGUGAAAUAUUUUACUGUUACUGUAAUUGAAUAUUGUACUCCCCUUGAUUAUAUAUUAUAUAAAAAAAUCUAACUGAGGUCUAAAUUUUCAUUGCCAAUUGCUUAAAAGGCUAUAUAUUUGGGUUAUAUUUUUGCAUAUCACAAUUAUUGGGAAUCACAACUUCAUUUUCCAGCGUUAUUUUGAUAAUGCCUAUAAAAACAUGCCAGGUGCAAAAAUAUAGCUUUAAUUUAGCUUAAAUCGAAACAAAUUCAUUGAUUCAGUAGACCUUUUUAAAUAAAUUAUGAUCAAAGACACAACGUUUCUAGAAAACUGAAUGUUAUUUUUGAGGUUUGCAUUGGUUUCUAAUAAUUAUUUUUUUCUGUUUUAUUCAAUUUAAUAAUCAAACAUCCUAUACAAAUUUAUUUUAAAUUACUACAAAUUUUAUGCGUACACGACAACAAAUCAAAACUUAGAAAAAAUUGUCUGCACAUAUUUUCACAUAAUUUGUGCCUUCUACUACAUUUGCCGUGGAUAUAACAGCAAAUCAUUAGCGCCAUUUUUAUAAGGAAUUUGUCUAAUCCUAUUGAUAUAUCGGUGGUUCCCAGUUAAUUUUGUGCUUGUAUAAAUUAUUAAUGACAGUGAAAAUCACAUAACAGAUAUCAAUGUGACAACUCGAAAAAAAUCUUUCUGCUCGGUCAACUUUCUUGAUAUCUAGUAUUCAUGAUUGUAAUUUUGAUCUGAUGGAAACUUGCUUUUAGAUCAAACUCCUUUGUAAAACAUCGUUAUUUUGUUAUAUCGUGAGAUAAUAACUAUUCUUAUUGAUAGAUUGGUAGAACACUGCUAAUAAUUGGGAAACACUGAACAAAGUCGCAUAAAAAUUUUGAUUUUAUAAUAUUCUGGAACUUAUUUUUUCUAUGCCCUUCGUUAAAAUUUACUUAAUGAUAAGAUCAAUACUUAGAACACGUAAAGUAUAGAGAAAUGAACAUUAUGUCAAUUGUAGCUAGUCUAAACUUUGUUCUUUUCACAAAGUGAAUUUUUAACGAAUUUAUUUAAAAAAAACAUUCCUAAUAAUCUUUAGUACUGAGCCCAAAAUAACUUCUCGGUAUUUAUUUAUAAAUUAAAUUGAAGUCAAAUGCGAAACAAAUUUUUAAUCCAAAUAUUUAUAAAUAAUCAUCCAAUUAUAUUUUGUUACUUUGAAUAAAUUUGGUAAUAACAUUUUUUUUCGAUCUCUAAGUUAACUUACUUUAGUAUACAUACUAUAGACAAAAUCUAUAUUUUGAAUCUUUACUUGAAUGAAAAUUGCUUUGAAUGAAUAAAUAAUUUCUUAUUGCAGAAAGUUGGGGUAUUUAAUUUAGAUUAAUAUCCAGGCUGUGUUUAAAAGUUUUAUAUAUUAUUUCUAAUAUUUAAAACGUUAAAAAAAUUCAAGAGAUUAAAAUCUUGAAAAUUACGAAUAAAACCCGAAUCAAAUUUAUUAAUCAAAUUAAAAUUAAUUUUUGGCUGUGGUUCAUGAUAUAAUAUACUGUAUCGAAUAUUUUGAAAGUAGAAUCCAAAUGAAAAUUUGGGAUAUUGUAAAAAGGAACAAACUAGACUCUUAUUAAAAAUGUAUGUUAAUAUUGGAGAACUUAAUAUAAAAAAUUGUUUCGUUUUUGACUUGAAAAAAUAAUGGCCUUUUAAUAGUUUUAUGUUAAUUUUUAACCAGAAAGAAUAGCAAUGUACGGCAAAUACCCAAGACCCGUUUGAACUUCUACAAAUGGAAACUAUGAAAACACUCAUUUGCACGAAACUUAUUAAAUAUUCUUUGCAUCUGAUUAACACAAAAUUAUUGAGGUCUUUAAUGGACAAAAAUCUGAAAUUGAAAUUAUCAAAUGCCAAAUAAACAUUGUUAAAUCUAAAUACUUUCUCUCUGUAAAAACUGUAUAAGAUGAUUUUGUAAAUAUGAAAUGUCAUAUUAAAAUUGACAUACAUUUUUGUUUUGAAAAAUAAGUAAAUGAACAAGAACAA